AGGAAUCGGGAGCAAGGAGCAAUGACGGGUAUGACAAGAGUGGUGAUAAUCCAGGAUGUCAACAUUACACAGAAGUAUCAGGAACUGCUGCGCAAGCUGGAGACAAUGGGUGGGGAGAAGAUCGGCCGGCAUGUGGUGCACUGCCGUCUCUUCAACCGCAAGACUCUCACGGAUGGCUACAUCAAUCAGCGCAUGUUCAUGCUAAGAAUGUCCCAAAAUGAUGAUCUGGUGUACGCCGCGUUGGCCAACGAAAAAGCACACGGUAUAGCACCCAGCGAUAAUGGAAUUGAGGGGCUCGUGGAGGACUGUUCGCUGCUGGAGUGCGGGUUGGACGGAGCUAACAUCCUGCAGCAGGUGGAGAUCUACGCCUUCAAGUCGGACGGACAGUUUGAGGGCACACAGUAUGUGGUGGGGGACUUUGUGGUGAGUGUAUGCACGUUCAUGUCCCGCAAUAACCUUCCACGAGGUCUCAUCAUCGAGGUUCAGUACUCGCCGUGCUACACGGUAUCGCACGUGGACAUGCUGAUCGACGAAUUCCUAGGCAACUUUGCCUCACACGAACAUCUGCGUAAGCCUGUUGAUAAUAUGCAGGCUCUCUUCGAGAAGGUGGGGCUACCGACCAGCGAGUACAGCCUCAAGCAUACGGCAUUGCAAUACGUCGCCGCCUUCAACAUCCUUCGCAAGUUUGAAAAAUAA